GCCAUCAUUAAGUACUUUAAUGUUUGAACGCAUGUCUGGUGGUGUAUCUCCUGCCAUGGAAAUAAUUCAAAACGUCAUUUGUUUAAGUAAGUAUUCAUUUUUUUUCUGUUGCUAAUUAUACUUUUAAAGCGUUACACAUUUCACAUUGGUUGUUAUCGUCGAUUCACAUUGAUUAUUUUUGCUGAAAAAAUUUAAAAAAAAAAUGUAUUACCCUAGUGAAUAUAUGUGGGCACACGAUUUAAAGAGAUGGACUUGGGCCGAGGACAACCUCCUAAUCCGCUUACGGUUGAAUAAAUACGAUCGAAUUUUUGAAUUUACAGACCUGUACACUGAGCAUUACCAUAUUUGGCAAAAAAUUGCUGAAGAAUCUAUUUUUGUUCGUCGUGAAAAAAGUGCUGGUGACAUUUAUCAACGCUUCUUAGAGCUGUUGGAUGGAUUCUUAGUUCAUUAUAAUCGCUCUGACCAUCAAAAGGCGUUGAUUGAAAAACCACAUCAUUACAGCGAGUUUACUUGUUUCCUGGCAUUGUGCAAGGCAAGACUGGCUGGUACAUUUUAAUAACCUAAUAUAAAAUAAAACUCAAUAUAUUUAAUAAUAUUAAUUAAUUGAAAAGUUUAAAGUUAAAAGUU